CUCCCUCCUCUCGCAUCAUGGCACCCAAGGAACCCACCCGCGCUCAGCUCAAUUCGCGACUAGCAUACAACGCACAGACUCCAGCCUUCCUGCGUCGCUUCCAGAACCAUGUCAACGGGAACGCCGACUCGGACGAGGAGGAAGGAGACCCCGAGUGGGAGGAAGUAGGCGGUGGCAGGCCUGCCAUCCCUCGCCGGCCCAAAGACGAUCGGCCACCAAUACCUACGAGGCCAGACGAUGACCCAGGGAGUGCGGAUGAGGAGGCUGGAGACGAGGCACCGCAGAUCGUCGUCCUCAGGGAAGGGAAACAUCUGUCGGCGAGGGAGGUGGAGAACGAGAGGAGGAAAGAGAAAGGCCUUCCUCCGCUCCCGGAGACCGUCGAUAGUCCCGAAACCGAGGACGCCAAUGAGGCCAAGCCUGAAGAUCCCAAAUCCAAAACCGACAAGCCUAGCCUAUCCUUCUCUACCUCCAAGCCCGACAGGUUCGCCGAUCUGAAGGCACAGUCACUCGGGAAGCGCAAGAUACGCGUGUCUGCGGAUGAUGAAGACGGCGAGCCGAAGAACGCGUCCGGGAAGAAGGACAAAGAAAAGGCCGCCGGGAAACCCAAGAAGCCGAAGAAACAGAAGAAGGCGCUGCUCUCGUUUGGCGAGGACGCAUGAAGAUGCUACCAACAUACAUAUACGAGCCACUGGCAGUCACUACCUGAUCAACUCCCCCGGUCCCGCUACGCUGCAAACCCAGAGCGCCCUGCAUCACCGCCGCCUCUGCAGGCGCCCGCUAUCCUGCGACAGGUCGCUAUAGAUGCAGUACACAGUCGCUCAUGCACCCGCUCACCAACGGUCGGCUCCGGAAUAUCGUGUGCCACCCGGUGGACCUGAUCACGUUGACUCACACGCCAUCCCUUGCCUCGCGGCGCGCCGGUUGACAAAGGGAUAGCUGUGGUAAAACCCCACGCGCCAGCCGGUAGGCUGGCCUCCCGCAGGCGACUGCCACUAUGCCACCGCAGUCAUGGACACUGCAUGGACCCACGGAGUAGCUCGAGUCACUGUCCAUCGCGCCAAUCCAGCUCACAUACUAUCCUGGAAUUCCAUUGUUCGCCCUU